CAUCAAUCCCGAUUCUUGGAAAUACUGUUCAAGAGAAAUAUGCAAAUAUCUCGAUCUUUUUGCAAUCAACUGAAAUAGACAUAAUCACCGAAUAUAAAAUUCUUAUGAAUGCUAUGUCUUCAAUCGCAGGCCAAAAUCUUCUAUGGCCCUUCGGACUAGCGUAUAAAUUCCCGUGCGUAAAGUCACAAUUAAAGUCAAAAAUUCGGGAAAAAACCGAAAUCUAUGAAGAACAUCCACUCUCUAAAUCGAGCAGCGCAAAAUACCUUUCACCGAAAAGAUUUCAUAAUAACAUAGGUCCAAAUUUAAACGAACGAGUUCAAGCAUUGGAAAAUUUCCAAGAUGAAUUAGUAGAACAAUUGUUGAUUUAUCAGCAAUAUUUGGAUCGUCGACAACAGAAUAUGGGACUUUUUCUUGGCGAGUAUGUGGUUGAUGUUGA